GCUAAAUCUCAGCCUCUCAGAGGGCCAGUUUUGUCCUCUUCAGUACUUGAAUUUAAAUCCAACUCCAAGCAUGGACCUGCUAACAAUACAAAUUGUCAUUUCUCUUCUAGAAUCACAACCACAGCUGCCUGCAUGAUGGACCUAAGGCGGUACCCACUGGAUGAACAAAACUGCACUUUGGAAAUUGAAAGCUAUGGAUAUACAACCGAUGACAUUGAGUUUUACUGGCGGGGUGAUGAUAAUGCAGUCACAGGAGUAACGAAGAUUGAGCUUCCUCAGUUCUCGAUUGUAGAUUACAAACUUAUCACCAAGAAGGUUGUUUUUUCCACAGGUUCCUAUCCCAGAUUGUCUCUCAGCUUUAAGCUUAAGAGAAAUAUUGGCUACUUCAUCCUACAAACAUACAUGCCUUCCAUCCUGAUCACCAUCCUCUCCUGGGUCUCCUUCUGGAUUAAUUAUGAUGCUUCAGCUGCUCGAGUGGCUUUAGGAAUUACAACUGUGCUAACAAUGACCACAAUCAACACCCACCUCCGGGAAACUCUCCCUAAAAUCCCCUAUGUGAAGGCCAUUGACAUGUACCUAAUGGGGUGCUUUGUCUUUGUUUUCAUGGCCCUUCUGGAAUAUGCAUUGGUCAACUACAUUUUCUUUGGGAGAGGACCCCAACGCCAAAAGAAAGCAGCUGAGAAGGCUGCUAGUGCCAACAAUGAGAAGAUGCGCCUGGAUGUCAACAAGAUUUUUUAUAAAGAUAUUAAACAAAAUGGGACCCAAUAUCGAUCCUUGUGGGACCCUACUGGAAACCUCUCCCCAACUAGAUGGACUACCAAUUACGAUUUCUCUCUAUAUACG